AUGACAUCGUGGCAAGACAUAUCGGCCCUCAAGUGCAGCGAGCGGGACAGCCUCAUCCCGCCAGCAUGGCGCCUGCCCUCGCACUACCUCUCGACCAAGAUGACAAACGUCAUGGACGUCGCACGUAGAUGUGGGAUCCUCACGCCGGCCGAACUGGCCAUCACCGAGCUGUCCGCGCCCGCCCUCGUCAACCGCAUGCUCUCGCGCAACCUCUCCAGCGUCGCUGUCGUCACGGCGUUCUGCAAGCGCGCCGCCGUCGCGCAGCAACUCACCAACUGCCUCACCGAGAUCAUGUUCACGCAGGCGAUCGCGACGGCCGAGGCGAUUGACGCCGAGUAUGCCAAGACUGGACGGGCGAGGGGCGCGCUCCAUGGCCUCCCCAUCAGCCUCAAGGACAACAUUGACGUUCCCGGGUUUGACUCCAGUACGGGGUUCAUCGCCAACGUGGGCGACAAGGCGUUCAGCGACGCCGAGCUCGUGCGCGUUCUGCGCGCCGAGGGUGCCGUGUUCCACUGCAAGACGAACGUGCCCACGGGAAUGAUCCUGGGCGAGACGUACAACAAUGUGUGGGGGCUCACCACCAACCCGCACAACACGCAGUAUGCGUGUGGCGGCUCGAGUGGCGGCGAAGGCGUGCUCCUCGCGCUCCGCGGUUCCCCUCUGGGUGUCGGGAGCGACAUUGCGGGCUCGAUUCGGCUCCCCAGCGCCGCGUGUGGCAUCUAUGGCCUCAAACCCAGUACGCACCGCAUCUCCAUGAUGGGCAUGCGUGCGGGCGCCGGCCCGGGCCAAGAGUCCAUCCGACCCGUGACGGGACCCAUGAGCGCCGACCUAGCGAGUCUCGAGUUGAUGGCUCGGGUGGCCGUGGGCAAGGGGGGCGAGCACGACCACCUCAUGGUACCCAUGCGAUGGCGCGAGGUGACACUUCCGACCAAGCUGUGUUUCGGCCUCGUUCUCGACGACGGCGUCGUCCGCCCCACACCAGCGGUCGCCCGUGUCCUCCUCGAAACCAAAGCCGCGCUCGAAGCGGCCGGCCACAAUGUCGUGGUAUGGACACCGCCCAACGUCAGCGACGGCAUCAAACUCCUCUUCCGUCUUAUGCAAGGUGACAGCGGCGCGGCCUUCCGCGCCACCAUGGUCGGGGGCGCCAACCCGGAACCGUGGCCCCGGGGACUGGAGUAUGUCGAGAAGACGUACCAGCGGACCAAGGACCGCCCGACUCCCGUCUCGGCACAGUGGAAACUCAACAUUGAGCGGACCGCGUACCUCUCCAACUUGCUCAGCGCCUGGGACGAGACACGCAAAGUGUCGGGCACGGGCCGGCCGUUUGAUGGCCUCAUAUCGCCCGUCACGGCGUUCCCGGCCUGUCCACACUAUACGUUUGCGUACACGGGCUACUGCUGUCUCUGGAACCUGGCCGAUUUCAGCGCUGUCAGCUUCCCCGCAGGCAACGUGAAGCGUGCCGACGUGAAAUCGGAGAUGCUUUCGGGAGGGUUCCGCAAUGCCGACGAGAAGAGUAUCUGGGAUCAUUACGACGUGCAGCAGCUCGCGGGAAUGCCCGUGGGCCUACAGGUCGUCACAUCGCGGUAUACAGAGGAAAAGGCUAUCAAGCUCGCUACGGUUAUCGACAAGGCAAUUGGGGUAAACAGCCGGGCGAGCAGCAAGUUGUAG